GGCCGCCAUGGACAUCCUGAAGCGGGAGAUCAGCAGGAAGCGCCAGCAGCUGGAGGAGAAGGAGCUCCUGGGGGGAAAUAAGAAGUAUUUCAAACGCAGUGAGUUAGCUAAAAAGGAAGAGGAGGCCUACUUCCAGAGAUGUGGCUACAAGGUACAGCAGCAGGAGGAGGAGGAGAAACCACUGGCUACAUCAAAUCCAGUGCUGGAACUCGAACUGGCAGAGGAAAAGUUACCAAUGACUCUUUCCAGACAGGAGGUUAUCAGGAGGUUACGAGAGAGGGGUGAGCCCAUCAGACUGUUUGGAGAAACAGAUUAUGAUGCAUUUCAACGUCUGAGGAAGAUAGAAAUUCUUGCACCUGAAGUGAACAAGGGCCUGAGAAAUGAUCUGAAGGCUGCCUUGGAUAAGAUUGAUCAGCAGUAUCUGAAUGAAAUUGUAGGUGGUCAAGAAGCAGGAGAUGAUGACUCCCAGAAUGACCUGAAAGUCCAUGAGGAGAAUACUACUAUUGAAGAACUUGAAGCUUUGGGAGAAUCCUUAGGACGGGGUGAUGAUCACUAUGAUAUGGACAUCAUAACAAAGUUCUUGAAGUUCCUCCUGGGAGUUUGGGCCAAGGAGUUGAAUGCCAGAGAGGACUACGUGAAACGGGGCGUGCAGGGGAAGCUGAACAGCGCCACUCAGAAGCAGACAGAGUCCUACCUGCGGCCACUCUUCAGAAAGCUCCGCAAAAGGACACUUCCUGCAGACAUCAAAGAAUCAAUAACUGAUAUUAUUAAAUUUAUGUUGCAAAGAGAAUAUGUGAAGAUGCAUAGCUGGAAAUACAACAUCUAUCCCAACAAAAUGAAAAAUGGCUGUGAAAUGUUAGGCUCCAAGUAGGGUUUGAUCUACAGCCUGACAGAAGAUCUUUUGAGGUUCAUGGAACUGCACAGCUUUGUAAACAUGAAGAAGAUUUUUCUCAGAGAUGAGUAUAUUAAAGUUGCAGAGCAUUCCUCUAGGGGAAACCCAGUGUUCUAAGGUUAAAUGAAGGUAUUGAAUAGUAGUAGGCAAAGAGUUACUGAAUAUGAGGCACUGUCCCUUUCUUUGUCUACACUCACAUCAGGUGGCCUGGUAAGGUUGAGGUAAGUUAAUGAGAAGAUUUUUUUGGAUGAAGUCUGCUUGCUGGAGGAGGCAGAAGUACUUUGGGACACAAGAUCAAAGGGAGUGUUAGGUUUUACUUGUAGCUGCCUUCAGAAUUGAAACUGAAAUAGCAAUAGCAUUUGCUGGAGCAGCUUGUGUAUGCAGAGGAAUCUGAGCUGUCUUUUGCCUUUAAAUUUCUAAUAUUUCUUACUAUUCGUGUGAGGAUUUGGCAUAAUUUGUCAAGUGAGCAAGCAAACCUGCUUUUAAUGCUGAAAGGUUUGAUAUGGCCUAAGGCAAAUUUAAUCCAAAUCAUUUGGAAGCAGAACUGAACAUGUGGGAUGUAUGAUAGUGGGGCUUUAUUUUGAAGCUAUUUUUUUUCCUCUUUGUUGUCAUCAUUAUGUGGAAAUUCCCUUUCCAAUACUUGUCAAACUAAUGAGUAUGCAGGAAUGUGGUGUAUCUCUGGGUUAAUCAGCAGUGCUUCUCUCUCCUGGAGGUGCAUACCUUUAAGUAAACUUCACAGAGGGAUUUUUGAUUACUUGACUACACAUUUGGAUGUUUUGUUGUUUUGUUUUUGUUUUUUUUUUUACAUUGGCUAAUGUUUUUACAGAUGCUUACAUAUUUUUCAAUUUUACUUCCUAAGAGACUUGUCUCUUUUUGCCUGCUUUUGUCUUCUGUGUCUUUUUGCCUGCUGCUUGGUUUCUGCAGCCUAGUGAAUACUGUCAGCCACAAGUUCUUGCUGUUUUGUUAGUGGAAAAGCUUGAAAGAUUUUAAUUUUGAAAUCAAUGUGUUGACAGCAGGCAGAUGCCAGAAUGCAAGUUGUCUACUCAGCCUUAAUUAACCCUGUUGUGACUGUCCUGCAAGGGUCUUUAAUUGCAUGUUCACAUACUGUUUCAUCACAAAAGUAUAUUUAAGUCAGCAAGUAGGUAUUUGGCUAAGCCUGUUCAGAUUCUGCCUAAUACAGGUGAUGACUAAGCUCUGUCCCCUUUUCAGAUUUGCUUUUAAGUCUGUCUGCCACCCCCUGCCUUGUUCAUUAUUCACCUCCCAGUUUGUUCAGUGCUAGCUGGAAAGAAUCUGCACUCACUGGUCAUGAUUGUUGCUUUUUAUUGUCCAAUUCCUGAAUAGGACGUGAUAAAUGAACUCCAUCAGUGAGUUUUGUAGCUGUUCUCUAACAGAGAGGGAAUGUCCUGUUAUAUGUCCUUCACUUUUUUCUGUAAUUGUGUCUGUCACUUGCUGGUUCUCUGUUAUUAUGUUGGGUAUUUUUUUAAGCUCUGUAGUGCUCUUCCUUUCUUUCUGUUAAUUUUCCCUUUGAAUUUUAUCCCUGGUUUUUCCCCAGGAGUAUUGUCUGUUACAGCUUUAGAACAGGAGCUAUGCUCUUGAUGGGGAAAUUUUGUUUUUUUUUUUUUUUUUAAAUUGAUUUACUGCUACUACUUCCCUGUGCAGGCCAACGAUGCCUAUCUGCAGAUGGCCAUCGGGAACGCUCCCUGGCCCAUCGGCGUCACCAUGGUCGGCAUCCACGCGCGCACGGGGCGCGAGAAGAUCUUCUCCAAACACGUGGCCCACGUGCUCAACGAUGAAACUCAAAGG